GGCCACUGGGCUCUGCGGAGCGAGCGAGUGGUCAGCGCGGAGCCGGAGGUGCGCGUGUCCUGUCCCAAGGCCGACGCCAGCUCGCAGGCAUGGCCCCAGCAGCGGCUUCGGGUGGCAGCACCCUGCCCAGUGGCUUCUCGGUCUUCGUCACCUUCCCUGACUUGCUCUUCGUCUUUGAGUUUAUCUUUGGAGGUCUGGUGUGGAUCCUCAUCGCUUCCUCCCUGGUGCCCAUUCCCCUGAUCCAAGGCUGGGUGAUGUUCGUGUCUGUGCUCUGCUUUGUGGCCACCACUUCCCUGAUGGUCAUGUACAUAAUUGGUACUCAUGGCGGUGAGACUUCCUGGAUCACACUGGACGCAGCCUACCACUGUGUGGCUGCUCUGUUUUACCUCAGUGCCUCAGUUCUGGAAGCCCUGGCCACCAUCACAAUGUAUGAUGGCUUCACCUACAAGCAGUACCAUGAGAACAUCUCUGCAGUGGUGUUUGCCUACGUGGCCACUCUGCUCUACGUGGUCCAUGCUGUGUUUUCCUUAAUCAGAUGGAAGUCUUCGUAGGACCGCAGACCAGGAGCUGGAACCCAGAUGGCAUUAACUGACCAGCCCAUCUCCCCCAUUAACUUCCUAGAGCGCAGACGUGAUGGUGGACAAAAGAAAACAAGCCAAAAAGCAAACAAAACAAAAACAAAAGGAAGCCAUGUUCUGUUUCUCUUGGGUGUCAUGUUUACUUUCUGUCAAGGGUUUAGGGCUUGCUAUGUUUAACCUCCAGCUGUGGGAGGAAGGGGCUGUCUUGCCAGUGGCCUUUCUGGCCUUGACAGGGACAGUGGGUGGGAACUGGGAACCUUGAUCUGAAGAAAUGACGAUUUUCCCUUGACCCUUGGAACACAUCUUAAGAACUGCCUCUUGGAAUUUUCCACAGGCUCUUUAGAGCAUCCAUCCCCUGGCAUGUCUUAGUUUUUGUGGAUAGUCUGAGUGUCACAGAGACUGAAAUCCACCCAACAGAGGUCUCCAGAUGUUCAUAGUGGAAGAUGAGCCCCUCUAAAACACUCCAUUAAAUAAAUGUCUUUAUAGCUCA